UUCUUGAGCAAUAUGGCUGUCAGUAUAAAUUUGAUGCUUGUAACAUGCGUUUCUCUCUGAAAAAUUCAAUAAUUGAACCGCAUUGCUAUCGAAUACAGGAAAACACGCGGCGUGAUGUGACUUUUGGAGCAUUAAAACAUUGGGAAACAGCAAUGAGGGUUAGCUGAAACAUUUAUUCUGCUGUCAAAUAGUAUUUCAAAGAAGAGAUAUUUGAAAGUAUCGGAACCAGUGUUUCUGAUAAACAUGACUUCAAGAUUAGAUAGGCUAUUUAUUUUAUUAGAAACUGGAACAAAUGCUGUGACAAAACGUGCAGCCGCUCAACAAUUGGGAGAAGCUCAACGAUUACAUCCUCACGAAUUGCAUCAUUUAUUAGCUAGAGUAUCGGUUUUAUUGAAAUCGCCACAAUGGGAUACAAGAGUAUCGGCUGCACAUGCGGUUCAAGCGAUUUUAUCUCAAGUUCCACCUUGGAAUCCAGAACCCGUAAAAGAAGAGCCAAAUUCAAAUAAUUCAAAAUUGCCACAACGUAGAAUGAGUAAUGCAAGUCGAAAAUUAAGUUUACAUGAUUUUGAUAUGACACAAAUAUUGGCAAAAAGUUCUCAUCUCACUGGUUCUGAAGGAAAUGAAUACGAUAUUGUAAAUGAGGAACAAUCAUCAUUGAUAAAUCAAGAAGAAAAAAUUGCUGCCAAUUUAGGUUUACAUCCAAGAUUAAUGGGUGUUGAUGCUUCUGAAUUAUUCACGGCCGAGGAUUUAGCACCUGUUGUACCAUUACCUGUUUCAAAAAACGCACCCAUCAAAGUUUCCAUUGAGGAAACAUUGGGUCAAGGCGAAGGUCUCAGUCGUCGUGAAAUGAACAGAGCGAGACGCAAGGCUCGCCAAUCAAUUUCAAAACAACGUUCGAGAGAUCCUGAAGAAGGACCUCAGGAUCUUAGUAGUACUUGUAAUAAUCAAUCUCAAUUAAGUAAUAGUGUAGAAAGUCCGAUUAAAAAAAUAAAAUUGGAGGAAACAAUCUCGGAAGGUUGGUGGAGUUCUAGUUCUAGUGAAUCGGGACUAUUAGUGCCUGAUGGAACUGGAUGUUGGCCGGAAACAGCAAUAGAUUGGCCUCUUGAAUCAUUUGCUGAAACUUUAUGUCAAGAUCUGUUUAGUCGAAAAUGGGAAGUGCGUCAUGGAGCCGCGACUGCAUUAAGAGAACUCGUUCGUCUUCAUGGCAAAGGCGCUGGAAAAUCUAGGGAUCAGACAGAACAGGAAAUGGAUGAAAGUCAUCGAAAAUGGGUUAUCGAUGCAGCAUUGCGUCUUCUUUGUGUUUUAGGAUUAGAUCGUUUUGGAGAUUUUGUAUCGGAUCAGGUUGUUGCACCAGUACGUGAAACAUGUGCACAAGUAUUGGGAUCAUUGAUGUUAUUGAUAGCAAAGGAGAAAUGUAAAGAUGUGUCGAAUAGUGAUAUAAUGGGUAUUUUAUCGGUUAUAUUGAAACUUUUGAAACACGACGAAUGGGAAGCGAGACAUGGGGCUUUACUUGCAUUGAAAUAUUUAUUGGCAGUGAGAGAUGAUCUUUUAGAUGAUAUUCUUCCAAAAGCUUUUCCUGAUAUUAUGAAAGGAUUGGCAGAUCCUGUUGAUGAUGUUGGAGCUGCGGCUGCAAGUGCAUUAAUUCCAGUAGCAUCGGCACUGCCACGUUUACUUGCUGCUUCUGAAUUAGAAAUGGUGGUUGAAAGACUUUGGCAACUACUCAAGGAGCAGGACGAAUUGGCAGCUGCUUGCAAUAGUUUCAUGGGCCUACUUGCUGCCAUUUUAUCUUUACCCGCUGCUCGUGCUUGUCUUAAACCUCAACCAUUGUCUGAGGUUUUGCCUCGUAUGUGGCCAUUUUUCAAUCAUUCGAGUUCAAACGUGAGGAAAGCAACUUUACAAACGUUGCAAACAUUGACUGGAGACGACGGCGAUAAUGGAGAGAAAAGAAAGGAACGUUGGGGCGAGGGUGGGAGUUUAGUUUUACAAGAAGCUCUUCGUCAUGUUUUCCAACGAGUAUUAAUUGAACACGUGCCUUCAAUUCAGGAGGUGGCCGAACGUGUUUGGGAGAAUCUAGUCGUUCGAAGUGAUCUCGAAAUGUUAUUACACGCCGCGUGUCCAUUAGUUAGUACUUGGCUUUGUCUUGCCAUGCAACCGGAACACGUGCCCUUUAAUCUCAGUCUCCUAAUGAAUGUAACAUCAAUAACGCACAAAAAUACAAAAACAAAUCAAUCAAUUUGUGAUGGUGUAUCGGAUCCUGCUAGUGGAACAAAUAAUACACAUAAACCAACAUCAGAAUUAAAAAGUUAUUUAGGAGGAGUUGAAACAGUUUCUCAAAAUACAAGACACGCAAAUGUUGUACGUGCACGUUGUAUGACAUCAAAAAUGCUUGGAUUACUUUCCAGUUAUCUUGUAAUGCCCGCACCUGGUGUUGUUUACACACCGGAAAUACCUAGUCCUGCCCUUUGUUAUGCCAAGGUACUCAUGGCGCAUCUUAAUUCAAAAUCUGCACUACAAAGAACUGUUGUCGGUCUCACUAUGUCAUAUUGGGCAGCACUCGAUAAUACAAAUUUGCCAGACGUGCCAGAAAUUCUCAGUGAUAAAUUAAUAGCUUGUUUAAAUGAGUGUGUCUAUUAUGACGAAGUGGCGGGUUCAUUCACGCGAUUAUUGCACGAGAGUCGAGACUAUUUAGCAACAUUAAAACACUAUAAAAUACCAAUACCCGUGGAGGUUAAUACAAGUGGUGUAUUGACAUUGGAUCAAAUAACAGUACUUGCAGCGAAACCAGUGCCUGGAGCAAUUAUUAGCGGAAGUGCCGAGAGUUCGGUAUCAUCGGGAAUGGCUAAUAAUCCAGUAAUUGUGAAAUUAAAACCAAAAUUAGUUGAAAGUUUGGAAGAACGUCGCCGUGGACUUGAGAACGGUGCAAAUAGUACAUCAAAACAACAACAAUCAUUUAAUGUAACAUCAAUGGCUGCACUUGCUGGUGCUGCAACAAUGCUUAAAUGUCUACCACAAUCACCACAACCAUUAAAUCCGGUUAUAAAACCACUCAUGGAAUCAAUUAAACGUGAGGAGGAUGAGGAAUUGCAAAAAUUGACGGCUAAAAAUUUAGCACAUCUUGUUGAUUUUUGCGUUGACAGAAAACCAUGUCCUAAUAAUAAGAUAGCAACAAAUUUGUGCACGUUUUUGUGUUCGGAUGUUGAAUUUACACCAAGAGUAACUGGAGGAGCAAAUUAUGAUCCAUUUGAUGGAAUUUUGACAUUGAGUAAUAAACAAAAACAUGCUGAGAGAGUUGCUUAUGGUCGUGGAAUUUGCGCUGGAACUAGCGGUAUGCGUGGACCGGGUCGACCACCAGCCUCUGAUAUUCCUUUAGAAGAAUUACUCGCCUGUGAAGAAGCCGAUGCUAAAGCUGCUCGUAUAACACGACGUGGAGCAACAUUUGCCCUCACAGCUAUUGCUACAUUAUUUGGUGCUCAACUACCGUCUCGUAUGCCACAUCUUUGGGAUUUAAUGAUUCCAACAAUUAUAAGAAAUACUGAAACGACAGGGAAAAAUUUUCAGGAUAAUAAUUUUCAAGAACAAGUCAAUCAAUUAGUGUUUAGCCUACAAUUGCUGGAGAUAAUUGUUCCAAAUGUAGCUCAAUCCCUACUACCUCAAGUUAUAGAGUGCCUUCCAUAUUUAUGUAUCCUGUUAGCUCAUCCUUACAAAGCAGUAAGGCAUAUGUCAUCACGCUGCAUGGCCGUCCUUUCUUAUCUCGAUGUUGACAAGACAAUGCCGUAUAUAGUUCGUAGUGUGAUACCAUUAUUAGAAGCAACAAAUGUUGAAGAUGGAAUUGAUCGUGCGAGGCCAAACAAUGUGGAUAUUCGUCGUCAAGGAGCGGCUGAAGCUUUAGCUUGUCUUAUUGAAAAAUUAGAAGUAAGAAUAGUACCAUACGCUGUAUUAUUUAUGGUACCUUUACUCGGACGGAUGAGUGAUCAAAAUCAAUUUGUAAGAUUGACAUGCAGUUCAACGUUCGCUACUCUCGUUCAAUUAUUGCCCUUGGAUCCUGGCGCAAUCGCAGAUACACAUCUUGUAGAGGAAAAAGCUCAAGAGCGACGAUUUUUGGACCACCUUCUUAAUCCGCACAAUAUUCCGGAUACAAAAAUACCAAUAAAUGUUGUCGCAGAACUUCGAUCGUAUCAACAGCAGGGUUUAAAUUGGCUUGACUUUUUAAAUCGUUAUCGACUUCAUGGUGUUCUUUGCGAUGACAUGGGUUUGGGUAAAACUCUACAAACAUUGUGUAUUCUUGCAUUGGAUCAUCAUAGAAAUCAACAGGCACCGCCAAGUAUUGUUAUUUGUCCUCCGACAUUAACAGGUCAUUGGGUGUAUGAGGUGGAGAAAUUUUUCACAGCCCUUGAUCUUUCUGUUGUUCAAUAUUCUGGAGCGCCACCGGAACGUGAGAAAAUAAGAUCACGUGUCACUCAAUAUAAACUUGUCGUUGGAAGUUAUGAUAUUGUUCGUAAGGAUAUUGAAUUUUUUGAAUCAAUACAAUGGAAUUAUUGUGUUCUCGAUGAGGGUCAUAUUAUUAAGAAUGGAAAAACAAAAAGUGCCAAGGCCACAAAAAGACUGCACGCUUAUCAUCGACUUAUUCUCACAGGAACACCUGUACAAAAUGAUGUUUUAGAAUUGUGGUCACUUUUUGAUUUUCUAAUGCCAGGUUUCCUUGGCAGUGAGAAACAAUUUGCUGCCAAAUAUUCACGUCCAAUUUUAGCGUGUCGUGAUCCAAAGGCAGGACCAAAGGAACAAGAAGCUGGAGCAUUGGCAAUGGAAGCGCUUCAUCGACAAGUUUUACCAUUUCUCUUGCGUAGAAAUAAAGAGGAUGUUCUUAAAGAUUUACCACCGAAAAUCACUCAAGAUUAUUAUUGUGAAUUAUCAUCGUUGCAACGAACAUUGUACGAGGAUUUCCAAUCGAGACAUUCGGCAUCUUUGAUGACAAACAAUUCUUCAAUUUCGGUUGGUGUCAAAGGUCAUGUAUUCGAGGCUUUACGAUAUCUGAAAAAUGUUUGCAAUCAUCCAAAAUUAGUUCUCACUCCUCGACAUCCUCAAUAUCAAACGAUUUCCGCCUCGUUACAGCAACAAAAAAUUAAUUUAUCCGAUAUUGAACUUGGUGCAAAAUUACCGGCUUUAAAGCAAUUGUUACUCGAUUGUGGAAUUGGACAGACGCAACAGCAAAUGAAUCGUAAUUUAAAUGCGGCGAAUGAUAAUCAACAACAAACACAACAAUUAGUGAGUCAACAUCGUGCGUUGAUAUUUUGUCAAUUAAAGGCAAUGUUGGAUAUUGUUGAGAAAGAUUUACUUCGUGUUCAUUUGCCAACUGCCACAUAUUUACGAUUAGAUGGAAGUGUACCCGCUGCACAGAGGCAUUCAGUUGUUGCACGAUUUAAUGCUGAUCCUUCUAUUGAUGUACUUUUAUUGACAACACAAGUCGGUGGACUUGGAUUAAAUUUAACUGGAGCUGAUACUGUUAUUUUUGUUGAACACGAUUGGAAUCCAAUGAAAGACUUACAGGCAAUGGAUCGAGCUCAUCGAAUUGGUCAAAAAAAAGUCGUGAAUGUUUAUCGACUAGUAACAAGAUCAACAGUUGAAGAGAAAAUAAUGGGUCUUCAGAAAUUUAAAUUAUUAACUGCCAACACUGUUAUUUCAACGGAAAAUUCUUCAUUACAAACAAUGGGCACUGAUCAACUUCUGGAUCUCUUCUCAUUGGAUAAUGGUAAGGAAAAGAAAUCUGAUCGCAACGACGAUAUCACAUCAAAGGUUAGUGCAGUGCCGGGGGUUAGUCGUACAAUUCUUGAAAUUCUUCCCGAACUCUGGGAACAACAACAAUAUGAUGAUGAAUACGAUCUUGAUGCGUAUUUGUCAACAUUGAAAGGGGACAUUCAACUAUAAUUUAUCAUAAUGAAAAAAAUUUUCCAGACAGAAUUAAACACAAAUAAAGCGUUCCACUUCAAUUAUCAAUGUCAGAAUGAUGACAUUCUAAAAAAAAAGUAUGUAUAUAUUUCUAACAAAAAAAGAAAUACAAUUUAAAAGAAGGCAAAUAUUUCCAAAAAUGUCGAUUAUAUGAAGAAGAAUGGAAUAUAUUUACAUUUUUACAAGGAACGUUUAUAAAUGAUGUCAUUCAAAAUUUUGGACCCCCCCCCCUCAAGGUAUCUUGAAAACAUAUUUCCCUUUUAAGUGCGUGACAUCAUUUAUGAAAGUUUCCACAUAAAAUUCACAACUUGAAAAUGUUAAAUAGAUUUUUUUUCCUUUUUUUUCUCUCUCUCUAUCUCUAUCUUUUAUAUUAUUAUAUUUUUGCCACGGGUUUAGUAUCCCAUUUCUUAAAACGAAUACUCUUUUGUAGGUUUAGUUUUGACUCAAGUCUGAUAAAAUAUAUUUGUAAAUUUUUUUUUUUUGUUAAAUUGCGCAAAAAAGGUAGCAAAUAAGAAGAAAGUUUGUAGUACAACGAAUCGACUUAGUCCAAUUAAAAAGACAUGCCUUUUUAGCGUCGAAUAACACAAGCGAUUAGAUUAAAAAAAUUUAUAAAUAAUUAAUUAAACGUAAGUUCUUUCAUUAUUUAUAUUAACUUAUCAAAAAAAAAAAAAAAAUUCAAUAUACUUAUUAUUUGUACCAAAA